CAAAGAUUUCGGAUGUCAGAUUGAGUUAAGGAUAUAUGUUCACGACUCAGUGAGUCACACGAGUUCUGUCGAACAGAAAGCAAGAAACAAAAAGUCGCUAAAAACCGCAAAAAAUUACUUUUUGCGAGACGAUGGGAUUCUGCCGUUGAUCCUGUCAAAGUAGAGCGGAACCAGCAUAGCAUAAAGGAGGGAGAGAGAGAGAAGGGCUAGCCAUCAAGCCAACAAGAUUGUUUUUUCGUGACGGCAAUGCGAUCGUCUUUCUUUGGAGGAAGGAACGGGGAGGAACAGCAAAGCCAAGACAGCAACGCUCCGACGGGCUCCACCAACAAUAGCGGCCCCACCAAUCCUGUCAUGGACUUUUUGCGUCAAAGCUUUAGUGGUGGGGCUGGCUCUGAUGGAGCCACAGAACAGCAAGGCGCCAAUGAUACUUCUCAGCAGGCAAACAACAAUAACAAUGAGACACAUCAGCAUCCCCUCAUGGAAUUCUUUCGUCAAAAUUUUGGGGGAGGGCCGGAUGCAGCAGCAGCUGCAGCGGCUCAGUUUGGAGAGUUCACCGAGGGUUUGGCGUCACACAUUCCAGCCAUGCAACAACCAGUGCAGCAGCAGCAAGGACCCACCGGUCCUCCACCAGCGUCCGCCACGGCACUUCGGCAGUUGCCAACCAUAUCCGUGACGGCUGCCGAUCUCGUGGACGCAUCGAAUCGAGAAUGUUGCAUCUGUUUUGAAGAAAACAACAUUCACGACAAAGUUGUUCGCCUGCCAUGUGCUCAUAUUUUCCACUCUGAUUGCAUCACGGACUGGCUGAACCGUCAUUGCACGUGCCCCACAUGCCGAUAUGAACUGGCCACUAACGAUCCCAUGUACGAAGCAGGUCGCCGAGAACGGAUGAAAAACCGUAAGCCACGCUACGCCAAGUAUGAAUUGAAACGGAUGAGUAUCAAGGAAUUAAAGGCUUUGUUGCCACGGCAGCGACGGUCCUCAGCCAUGUUCUCGGACAAAACUGAUUUGAUCGACUAUGUGAUUUCCAGUGGUACGGUGGACCUCAUCAGUGCGCCACCACCCGUGGAGUUUCCCAGUUUGACAUUCCUGCGAAGUAUGGGCGCUGGCAAACUAAAGCGUACCAUGAAUGAGACGGGCGUCUACUUUGAUCCGCGAGAUGUUGUCGAGAAGGAAGACAUGCUACAGCUCUUUGUGAAUAGUGGGCGAAUUUGUUUGACGGAGCAAACCGAAGACGACUCGGGUGGACCCGAUACAACCUACGGACAUGCUCCUUGCACUCGGCAACGUCGUCAUUCCUAUGAUGAUGAUGCUUCCUUAGAAAGCGAUGACAACAAUCGGCAAACAAUGAACGGGCAGUCCGCCAAGGCGCCUCGCGCCACUGUUCUGGUUGAGACUGUUGGAACUUACAGUGAUGACGAAUAUAGUCGAGAUGGCACCGACACAAACCAAGAGAAUACAACCCAAGAAGAUUGGGACUUUAGCUUUGUGAUGGAAGAUCAAUCUACCACCGCUGCGUCUGCGGCUGAACGAUCCAUUGAGGUGGAACGAACUGUGGAAGAACAGGAUGUCGUAUUCGAAGCGGAUGCCGCACCGGCAGCGGACGAUACCAAUGAACGCGCUGACGACAAUGCCAACAAUAAUGAUCCAAUGGAUGUCGAGACUGUGGAGACGGCCGAGGAAGAGGAAGAUUCUGUGAGCGUUUUGACUGGGAGUAGCGCCACCAGUGUUUCCAGUGCAGCAGCCGAAACAACAACCAGCAACGUGGGCAUCGACGACUCGGAUAGCCAACGAAAGCGCCAACGAGUCCAAGCGAACGAGGAACCAAAGCAAGAGGAAUCGCCUGCCGCCCAGUUCGCAGGACUUUCCAUCUCACAGUUGCGGUCUCUGGCACGAGAGCAGGGCGUCGAUAUUUCCCGCUGCAUUGAACGCAGCGAGAUGAUUGAACGGCUCACAAGUCAAAGCAGUGGCAAUGGGGCGUCUUUGGAUCCAGAUAUUUUCCAGUCAUGGACAAUCUCGCAUCUCCGAGCCGUCGGCAACGAAGUGAGCGUGAGUUAUGGGCCAGGUGCGAGCCACCAUGACAUGGUGAAAGCUUUGAUGGCAGCAGCAGCGGAACGUCCACCCGUCGCGCGAUAUGUGAAAGCGUUGUCGCCCUUGAUGUCCAUGAGCCUUUCGGAAUUACGUGCGCUCGCAAGACAGUGGCAGAUCGACGUUCAUGAUUGUUUGGAGAAAGGUGAAAUCAUUCGCCGGCUUGCGGCUUCUGCGGCCAAUCGGGGUUAGGGACAUUUUCAACAACAACUAUGUUGGACAUGGAGGCAGAAAAUAAAUGGAUUGAAUCGAAUCGAAUCCUUCAUUCAAUCGUUCGAAUCAUUCAGAUUUAUAAGGUAUUACGGUACCCGUAGAACAACAGCAUCUGUCUUGUCGUUUUGAGUACUUAAAAGUUUAGAGAUGACAUUAGAUCGCUUGCAU